UGGUAUGCUCUGAAAAUAGCAAAGCCGGGUCGGUACAAGCCCCGAGCUAGUGCUUCAUGGCUGCCUGAUCUGUCUCCCGACUCGAGCAGGGGCUUAGCUGUUGCGGGCUUGUAGUUAAUGGCAGCACAACUGGCUUAGUACUGCAUCUUUGUUCCUUUCUUGUGCUUCGAUCUGCUCGCGAGCUACCCGAGUCCAUGCCUCAGUUGGAAGAGAUUGUCUCGACGGCCGGCGGGGCAGGCUCGCCACCACCGCCGCUGUGGUUUCUGGUCUUCCUCGCCCUCGGCCUCCACGCCGUUGUUGUAUCCGCCGCGACCUUCCUCGCGUGGCUGUACCGCGCAUUCCUCCGGCGGGGCCAGGACCUGGGCCUGCGCUACGGCGCGUGGGCUGUGGUCACCGGCGCCACCGACGGCAUCGGCCGCGCUCUGGCGCUCGAGCUCGCGCGCAGGGGGCUAGACCUCGUCCUCGUCGGCCGGAACCCCGCCAAGCUGUCCCGCGUCAGCAAGGAGGCCAAGGAUGCGGCGCCGUCCUGCAUGGUGAAGAGCGUGGUGUUCGACCUCGCCGGUGACGCGACGGAGCUGUCGCUGGGCGCGGCGAGGGUGGCGGCGGCCGUGAAGGGGCUCGACGUGGGCCUCCUGGUGAACAACGCCGGCGCGACGUACCCUUGCGCGGCCUACUUCCACGAGGUGGAGACCCCGGUGUGGGAGGCCGUGGUGCGGGUGAACGUGGAGGCGGCCACGCGGAUCUCGCGCGCCGUCGUGCCCGCGAUGGCUGGAAAGGGGAGGGGCGCCAUCGUCAACGUCGGGUCCGGUUCGUCCGUGGUGGUGCCGGCGUUCCCGCUCUACGCCGUGUACGCGGCAAGCAAAGCGUAUAUUGAUCAACUGUCUCGGAGUCUUAGCGUGGAAUACAAACACUACGGAGUGGAUGUCCAAUGCCAGAUUCCUUUGUACGUGGCCACCAAGAUGUCGCCUGUUAAGGGCGACUCUCCGUUCAUACCAUCACCCGAGGAGUACGUCAAAGCUGUCAUUCGCUGCAUUGGCUACGAGCCGAGAUGCGUCCCCUACUGGCGCCACUCCGUCCAGUGGUUCUUGGCGUCUCUGGCGCCAGACUCUGCUCUCAAUCUGUGGCGUCUCCGGGUUGGUAUCCGGAAGAGAAAUGAGAUGAGAGCUCUGCUCGGAGAGAAGGAACUCAGCUGAACAGCCUAUGGGUGUGAAAAGAAACCGAUCUGUUUAUUUUUGUGGAGAAUGAUUCGAAUAGGCAUUUGGUUUAUGUUUAGGCUUGUUCGAGAAGUUGAUUAUUCCAGAGUUUUCUAUCGUAUGUAAUUAACGUUUGUUCUCUUGUCAAUGUUUUCAUGAAAAGUGUAA